UCUGAAGGCAAAGCAUACUUCUGAGAAGAGACUUGGAACCCCUCAAACUGCACAUCCAACCGCCAAAAUGGCCUUGCUAGUCGACAAGUUGCGGCCUCGCUCGCUUGAUGCUCUCUCAUACCACCCCGAGCUUUCUGCGCGAUUGAAAUCAUUGGCGCAAAGCGGCGACUUUCCUCAUCUGCUUAUGUACGGCCCCUCGGGUGCCGGCAAGAAAACACGCACAAUCGCGACGCUCAAAGAAUUGUACGGAUCCGGAGUUGAAAAGAUCAAGAUCGAUGCUAGAGUUUUCCAAACAACAAGCAACCGGAAGCUUGAGUUCAACAUAGUGUCUUCGGUCUAUCAUUUGGAGAUCACCCCAUCAGAUGUUGGCAAUUAUGACCGUGUGGUCGUUCAAGAGCUGCUGAAGGAGAUUGCGCAGACUCAGCAGGUUGACCUUGCGGCGAAACAGCGCUUCAAGGUCGUCGUGAUCAACGAGGCCGAUCAUCUGACUCGUGAUGCUCAGGCAGCGCUGAGACGGACUAUGGAGAAGUACAGUCCGAACUUGAGGUUGAUCCUGUUGGCGAAUAGUACCUCGAAUAUCAUUGCUCCGAUCCGAUCCCGUACCCUGCUGGUCAGGGUUGCUGCACCGAGUGAAGAGGAUAUUUGCUCCGUUCUCAAGUCCGCCGGUAAGAAGGAGGGCUGGCCGGAGGCGAGUGGGUUGAAUCAGAGGAUAGCCAGGGAGAGUGGGCGCAAUCUUCGCCGCGCCCUUCUUAUGUUCGAGGCCAUUUACGCUCAGAAUGAGAAAGUUACGGAUAACACGCCAAUUCCACCCCCCGACUGGGAAGCCCUGAUUGCAGUGACGGCCGAAGACAUCCUAGCAGAACGGUCACCAGCUCGCCUGUUGCAAGUCCGCGCACGGUUAUAUGAUCUUUUGACACAUUGCAUACCGCCUACAACUAUCCUCAAGACUCUGACAUUCAAGCUCAUCACGAAGGUUGAUGACGCUCUCAAACCCGAUGUCAUCAGAUGGUCGGCGUUCUAUGAGCAUAGAAUAACGCAAGGCAGCAAAGUAAUCUUCCACCUCGAAGCAUUCGUUGCCAAGUUCAUGCGCAUCUAUGAAAGUUAUCUGAUGGGCAUGGAAUUCUAAAUCACGAAACUACUAUCUAAUACCCAACGAUCCCUAAUGACUUAAAACUGUACACUACCGGGAGACUAGAC